AUGUAGGUCUUCCUAUGAAUAUUAUAGUGAUGUGGUACCAUUUGAUACAAUGUACAGUAGAAACAAGCAUGGACUUCCAUUUGCAUCUUUUGUUGGCGUUAACCAUCAUGGCAAGUCCACUCUGCUCGGAUGUGCUUUGAUGGGAAAUGAGAAAAUUUGUUGCUUCGAGUGGGUCUUUAAACAAUGGCUGAGGUGCAUGGGAUCUCCCCCACAGGCCAUUAUCACGGACCAGUGCAAAUCCAUGUUUGGUGCUAUCAAGAAUGUCCUUCCAGAUACUCGCCACCCUGGUGCAUAUGACACAUAAUGAAGAAGAUACCGCAUAUGCUCGGAGGAUAUGCUCGGUAUAAAGAAAUAUAUGAUAGAAUGCAUGGCACUAUUGGAAUGCGAGGUCUGUGGAAUCUUUUGAGAAUGAUUGGUCUGCAUUCAUUGAUGAGUUUAACUUGGAGCGAAAUAGAUGGC